AUGAACGGGCAAGCGACGACGACCGCCGGAUACGCACCAACAGGCUCCGCACCCCUCGCCUCCAACCACCACCACUCCCAAUCCGCCAUCUUCUCCAUGCCCGACCCUGUAACCUACAACGUCAACGGUUCUCCCAACCCAAACGCCAACGCCAACGCCAAUGGUGCCCCCGCACCGGUGUCCUACGCCGAGGGCGGCGGCUUCCAAGGCGGGAACAUAGGCGUCGGACGCACGACCUCCGUCCGCUCGCGCACCCCCUCGCGCCCGGGCUCGAGUCUGUCCAAGAGCCAGAGCCUCAUCAAGAAGAAUAUAGAGUUGCAGGAUUUGAAGCCUGCGGAUGUACUCAUUGAGCGCUUUGUGGCGUGGAAGGCGAUUGUGAAGCAGUUGUGUAUGUACUUUGAGGGCAUCGCGGAUAUCGAGAACAAUACUGCAAAGGAGAUGAUGAAACUCGCUGGUGUGAUCCAGGUUCCUUUCAAGAGUGGGAACCAGUUCUUGGGUGAAGGCGGUCUCCAGGACGUCUACUACGCCAUCCGCGACAAAACCCGUUCCAUCGCAGACCAACACGCAAACCUAGGCCGCACAAUCGAUUCCUCAAUCGUCCAACACCUCCAGAAACUCCUCGCAGAAAUCAAGGCUCACAUCCGGAACAUCCAAAACGACACCGGCAAACUCGCCUCAAGCGUCGCCUCCUCCCGCCUCACCUCAACCCACCUAAUCGGGUCCCUCGCAAACUCCAUCUCAACCUACAAAAACACACCCUUAAGCCUCCCCGCCCGGUCCGACCCCUACCUCCUCAACACCGCCGUGCGGCAUCAACUCAGCCGGCAAAUCCUCGAAGAAAACCUCCUCCAAAAAUCCAUCGUCAUCAUGCAACAAAACAGCGCCGCUUUCGAGGAGGGGAUCGUCCGGAGCGUCAAGGGCGCGUGGGAGACGUUUGAUGAAUGGAUGAGUCGGAGGAGGGAGGGUGGUGGGGAAGUUUAUAGGGUGUUGGCGGAGCAUAUGAGGGAGUUGAAGCCGGAUAGGGAGUGGAUCGCGUUUGCUGCGCGGUCGGAUCAUUUGGUGCACCCCGAGACGCCUCUGCGGGAUCCGAGCCUUGUGAGCUACCCCCUCAAGGACGACCCCUCGACUAUCCCCAUCCACUCUGGACACCUCGAGCGCCGCACGGGCGGGUUCAUGGGUAAGAGUUGGAGGGAGGGUUACUAUGUUUUGACGCCCGCCGGGUACUUGCAUGAGUUCUCGACGAGUGAUGAGAGUUUGCCCGCGGGGCAGGUGCCGGUGUGGAGUUUGUUUUUGCCGGUGUGUACGUUGGGACCUGCGAGUGGGGCUGGUGCGAGUGCGCAUACGUUUGUUAUCGAGGCGAGGCCGCUUUCUACUUCCUCCUCCUCCCCCUCCUACAGCGGCUCCAAAUCCCCGGGCAAAGCGAAACUCAAAGCCCUACUCACCGGCCAACCCGCUUCCUCCACCGGGUUCAACUCCUCCUCCGCGCUUACCUCCUCCUCCACCUCACCGCUGAAGAACCAAGGAGCAACAUCCUCAGGCAAAACAUACACCUUCCGUACGAGGUCGCAUGAGAGCAAGAUGGAGUGGUGGAACGAUUUGAGGAUGCUUUGUGCGAGGUAUUUGGUGGCGUCGGAGGUGGUUAGGAGGGUUGGGCCGGUGGAGAGUGCGGUUAGGGGUGUUGGGUAUCGGGAGGAGGAUUUGGUUAGUGAGGAGGAGGAAUUGGAGGACGUCGAGGUUUAUGAGGAGGGGUAUGGGGAAGGAGGGGUGUAUGGGGAGGAGGGGGAGGGAGGGUAUGAAGGGUAUAUGCGCGAGGGGGGGUAUGAGGUUAGGCAGGGUGGAGGGUAUGGGAUGAGACAGGGAGGGUAUGAAGGCGAGGGGUUGCCUGUUGAGGAGACGGGACCUGUACGAGGGGAUACACAGGGAUAUGGUGCGCCGUCGAAUGCUUAUGCUUAUCAGGGUGGUGGUGCUUAUACCACGCACUAUCAAGCUCCGAGUUCGCAAGGGUACCAGCAACCUACGUCUCAAGCUUACCAACAGCAGCCUACGACGACGACGUACCAGCAACCCACCACCACCACUCAGUACCAACAGCCAACCACUACGACCACCCAAUCCUAUCAAGGAAGAAGCGGUGGUGGGUAUGAAGGUGUAGGCGCCUACCGUGCACACCGGGAUCGCGACGGCGAGGAGGAACACGAAGGGAGUAGUGUUGAAGAGGAGGUCGACAAGAAGUCUUACCAGUUUGACGACUCGAAUGCGCCGGCGCCUGUGCCUGUUCCUUCGUAUGCGGAUCAUGUCACGUACGAGGAGAAGCAGGGGUCCAAGACGAAGGUGAAGAAGAGGGGGAGUAAGAGGCAGAUGGAGAAGGCACCUGCUGUUGCUGAUGAACCCGCCGUUUUACCUCAGCCAGUGACUACUGUUGCUGGUGAUAUCGAUUAG